UCAAUUCUAUAUUGGUCACUAUGGAGUUUCUCGAGUUGCAUCGCAUGGUUAGCGACAUGCCAAUAUCACAUGAUCGACACCUGGGGCAUAAACAUGUAUAGACGCAACCCUGAGUAGAAUUUCAAUCUCAACAUAGCUCAUGAUUAGACACUCUUUAACAUAUGUCUUAAAUCCAUGCUAUUUUAUGGCUUAUAUAUGUGGCAUGUGUGAAAUAUCUCAGACUGGCGGAUCAUCUGAUAACAAUGUAUCAACAUUUGAACACGUGCCAACCACACCUUAGUAUAUCAGUCUCAGGGCAUCCGGAUCAGUGCAACCAGACCAAGGUAAAACUGAUGUGUGACCAUCACAUGCGGCAUCAUUUUUCCGUGAUAGUAAACACUCAGGUGAUUGCAUAGUGUGACUAAACAAUCUCCUUCGAUGUACGAAGUAUAUAUGUCUUCGCAUCCCGGAAAACAGAGCACACCACAAACCAGAUCUACAUAUCUCAAACUAGACAACAAUGAAGUGCUUUAUCUACCCAAUCCUCUUCCCCCUCCUCAUCCUAACAAACGCCCUCGACCCACCCCUCCUCACUCUCCCCUACAGCAACCUAACCCUCCUCGGCGCCCACGACUCUCCCUUCAUCGGCCCGCACUUAACCCAGAACCAAAACCUCAACGUAACUGCCCAACUCGACCUAGGCAUCCGCUUCUUGCAGGGGCAGACGCACCGCGCGCCUGACGAUGAGAACAGAUUACAACUGUGCCAUACGAGCUGUGUGUUGGAGGAUGGGGGGUCGUUGGUGGAUUUUUUGAGGAUUGUGGGGAGUUGGUUGGAGGAGAAUCCAGGGGAGGUUGUGACGUUGCUGUUGACGAAUGGGGAUCGGGUUGGGGUUGAGAUGUUUGGGGGUGUUUUUGGGCAGGCCGGGUUGGAUGGGCUAGUUUUUGUUCCUGGUGGUAGUGGGGGUGGAGUGUUGCCGAUGAAUGAGUGGCCCUCUGUGCAGGAGAUGGUUGAUAUGGGUAAGAGAUUGGUUGUUUUUCUAGAUUACGGCGCGAACCCCUCCAGCAUCCCCUACAUCCUCGACGAAUUCGCCUACUUCUUCGAAACGCCCUUUGGCGAAACCAACCCCUCCUUCCCAAACUGCUCCAUCGACCGACCCCCCGGGGCCACCGCAGACAACCGCAUGUACAUCGUCAACCACUUCCUCAACGUGGAUAUCCUAGGCAUCAAGGUACCAGAUCGGAUCCGUGCGGCGAAAACGAAUGCAGUGCGUGGAAAUGGGAGUAUUGGGGCGCAGGCGGAGUUGUGCGAAGGUUUGCAUGGGAGGGGGCCGAAUGUAGUGUUGGUGGAUUUUGUGGAUCAAGGGGAGGUUGUUGAGGCGCAGAGGGUGUUGAAUAGGUUAUGAUUUUUUUUUUUUUU